AUGAGUUCUAUAUCGAAAGCAUCAAGUCGAUCAUCAUCAUCAGGUUUUUCAUCGAUUGUAAAAAAACCAUUUUCACCGACUACAACUUUACAAACAGUACUUAAUAUACAACGAGCUGAUAUAAAUGCUCGUGCAAUAUUUUGUGGUGAACAAGAUUAUCGUUUAAAUGAAUUACGUCGUAUGACUUGUGCUAUUAUUGAUCUUACCGUAGUUCAAGAUACAAAACGUCUAUUUGAACGAGUUAAUUGGACAAUAUCACAUCAUAAUAGAGAUGUUCGUGAUUUUGUUGUACGCCGUCUUAAUUAUUGGAUGCAACAAACACAAAUUACUUGUGAUAUGGCUUAUGAUGAUGCUAUUUUUCUACAAGAAACACAUGAAAAAAAAAUGAAAAAACCACAACGACCACCACUUUCAGCAGCUAAUUUUGGCCGUCGAAAUCGAACACGAAGUCUAACUCAAUCAGAUAUUACAGAUUUGAAUUCAAAACGUGAUCAUACACCUAGUACACCAUCAGCUUCAUCAUAUAAAUGUGAUACACCUUUUACAGGUCUUCUUGGUCGAACACUAUUAAAUCGUGAUUCACAAUAUACUAAUCGUGAAAAAUUAUUUACACCUCGUAAAGAUAUUCCUCAAACUAAAGAAAUAUUAUCUAAUCAUGCAACUGAAUAUGUAAGUGAUGAAGAACAUUUAUAA